UUGUUCAUGCUGUUUUUGUCCCUGUGAAAUAAUAUUGAUAGUGAGAAUUUUAUGUUUUUCCGUGCAAUUUAGUUAAUUUUCAUUGAUGCUUCGCCAAAGAAAACGUGUAGAUAUUGUUAAGAGCUUAGAUGCAUUCCCUCAGAUUCGUGAGAAGUACACAAAAACCACCAAGAUUGGAGGAACACUUUCUAUUAUAAGUCGCACGGUAAUCCUGUAUUUAAUUUGGAAGGAGAUUAACUACUACCUGGAGAGUAAGCUUAUUUUUAGAUUCACUCCAGAUGCCGAUUUAGACACAAAACUCCAGAUAAACAUCGAUCUUACAGUUGCAACACCUUGUGCACGGAUUGGAGCCGAUAUUCUCGACACCACGCAUCAGAAUGUCUUCUCAUUUGGGAGUCUUGAGGAAGAGGAUACGUGGUGGGAAUUGGAUGGGAAUCAGCUAACGCAUUUUCAGUACAUGAAACAUCUCAAUUCCUACCUGAGGGAGGAGUAUCACUCUGUUGCUCAUAUUCUGUACAAGAGCGACUCCAGGAACUACGCGACGAUGCCUGAGAGAAUGGUAAAGCCGGACAGACCCUUCGAUGCUUGCCGAAUUCAUGGGACUCUCACAACCAACAAGGUCUCGGGAAAUUUUCACAUAACAGCUGGAAAGAGUAUCCACUUUCCACGUGGACACAUUCAUCUGAGUUCAAUCUUUGAUGAUACGCCCCUCAACAUGUCACAUCGUAUCAACCGGCUGAGCUUUGGGCCCAUGAUGCCCGGAAUUGUGCAUCCACUUGAAGGAGACGAAAAGAUCAUCGAAGACAGCACAACAAUGGCACAAUAUUUCCUGGAAGUUGUCCCUACGGAUAUCUACAAUUUUCUUAGCGUCACAAAAACAUUCCAGUACUCGGUGAAGGAAAACUCACGCCCAAUAAAUCACGAUAAGGGAUCACACGGAAUUCCUGGACUAUACUUCAAGUACGACGUAUCAGCCCUCAAAGUGAUCGUUCGCUAUGAUCGUGACAAUCUUGCACAGUUUAUCGUACGACUGUGCUCCAUAAUUGCGGGUAUUGUUGUAAUAUCCGGCUUUAUAAAUUAUAUUCUUCAGCUUAUUUGGGGUUUCUUCCAUCCCGAUGUGGAGUCAGCGUCCAAUGGAAAGGCCCACAGUGUGGAGACUCUCUAGUUCUUCCCAUCCAGGAAUUUCUCUUUUGUGUGGACAUGCGACUAGAGAUAAGUAUGAUUGUAAUAUUUUAAAUAUAUAUUUUUAUUGUAAAUUUACAACAUCAAGAAAA